AUGUCUGCACAAGUGGAAGCUAAUAAAAAAAAUUUGGCCACAACUCAAAACGAAAUAGAGGAAAGUUGGCAAGUGUCGACGUGGAGCCACCGUGCAUGGCUGGCCAUCGGCUGCGCGGCGGUGCUGUUCUCGGUGGCUAAAUCAAUCCAUUACGGCUCCACAAAAGCAUCCAUCUUUGCGGCGUUUGUCGGGUAUAUAUUGGCGGACUUGGGCUCCGGCAUUUACCACUGGGCGAUCGACAAUUAUGGGAGCCCGAAUACGCCCAUUUUCGGCUCCCAAAUCGAGGGCUUCCAGGGCCACCACCAGCAGCCGUGGGCGAUAACAAAAAAGCAGGUCGCCGUCAACCUCUACCUGACGGCGGCGUCUGUCUCGGUGGCAGUCAUCCCCAUCAAUAUUCUGUCCACUAACCCGCCUUUGCUCAUGUUCGUCGGCGUCUUCGGUGCCAGCGAGAUUUUCAGUCAGCAGUUCCACGCGUGGGCCCACACGCCCAGACGGAAGCUUCCGGCCGUCGUGAAGGCGCUUCAGGACGCCGGAAUCCUUCUGGCUCCGUCGCAGCACGCCGCCCACCACCGGCCGCCCUACAACAACAAUUACUGCAUCGUUAGCGGAAUCUGGAACCGGAUUCUGGAUAGAACCGGGUUUUUCCUGGGCCUGGAGCUGGUGUUCGAUUGGGCUUUCGGGUACAAGCCAAGAUGUUGGGGUGAGCCCAAUUUUGAAUGGGCCCAGGUCUCUGGAGCUAAGUAA